UUUUCUCUCUUUCUUUCUUUCUCUCGAGGUGUGAAUUUGGUUGAAAAACAUUAACUUUCAAAUGUUUUACGUAUAACUGAUUUUAAUGACCUCACUUCCCCUGAAAUCUUUACCCUUUUCUGUCUUCUUCUUCCUUGUGACGCUUAUUUAACUGAUCCUUGCCGUUCAGUAGACUAACCAGUCUUCCUCAGUCCUCAUCCUACCUUCUCCUCGUUGUUUUCGCCAAGUCCCUUUGUGCCUUGUUUUCCUUGUGGUUUCUUUUCCUUCCAUCCUUCCCUUUUAAUUUUUCCUUUUAAAUCCCUAUCAACAGAGUGUUUUCAUCAGUGGUGUGAUUGUGAUAGUCCGUCCUUUUUGUGUAGCUAAGGAGGAGGAAAGGAGACAAUCGCUGAUAAUCUCCACCGCAGAAUUUUCUUUUUGAAAAGGUUUCAAGCGAAGAUGUUUGGAGAUUGCCAGAUUCUGUCAUCCAUGGGAGGGAAUGGUGUUCCUUCAGAUUCCUAUUAUCCCUCCUCCAUCCAGAACCCUAGCUUCAGCUUCAUGACUAACCUCCCUUUCAACAUUUUCCCUCCAGCCCUUAUUCCCAAGGAGGAAAACGGGAUGUCAAGAAGCAAGGAGGAGAUCUUGGAAAGUGGUUCUGGAAGUGAACAUGUCGAAGGAGGAGUAUCCGGGAACGAGCAAGAAGCCGAACAACAGCAGCCCACAAAGAAAAAACGCUACCAUAGGCAUACUGCUCGCCAGAUCCAAGAAAUGGAGGCGUUGUUUAAGGAGUGCCCACAUCCAGACGACAAGCAAAGGCUGAAACUUAGCCAAGAUUUAGGCCUGAAACCGCGUCAGGUCAAGUUCUGGUUCCAAAACCGUCGAACCCAGAUGAAGGCACAACAAGACCGGGCAGAUAAUGUUAUACUUAGAGCUGAGAAUGAGAGCUUGAAGAAUGAGAACUAUAGGUUGCAAGCUGCCCUUAGGAACGUCGUUUGCCCCAAUUGUGGUGGUCCGGCGGUGCUUGGCGAGAUGGGCUUUGAUGAGCAAGCUGUUCGUCUUGAAAAUGCGAGGCUCAAGGAAGAGUUAAUGCAGUAUGAUCGUGUCUGCGCCUUGCUUUCGCAGUACGGUGGGAGGGCAAUCCCAGAAAUCGGGACAAGUUCCCUUUUGGCUCCUUCCUUGGAUUUGGACAUCAACAUGCUUCCAAGGAAGUUUGAAGAGCCAAUUGGUGACUGCCCAGGCAUGCUAUCUAUGCCGUUCAUUCCAGAAAAUCCCAACUUUUCUGGCGGAGUUCUGAUUCUAGACGAGGAGAAAAGCAUUGCAAUGGAGCUGGCUAUUUCAUCCGUGGAGGAGCUCAUGAAGAUGUGCCAAGCUUGUGAACCCCUUUGGCUAAGAACCAGCGAUGGUUCAAAAGAAGUGCUAAACGUGGACGAGUACAGAAGGUUGUUUCAGUGGGGAGUGGACCUCAAGCAGAAUCCAACCCAAGUCAGGACCGAAGCCACCCGCCACAAUGCGGUUGUUAUUAUGAAUAGCAUCACUCUGGUUGAUGCAUUUCUUGAUGCUAACAAAUGGAUGGAACUGUUCCCAUCAAUUGUCUCUAGAGCAAAAACCCUUCAAGUCGUUACCUCUGGGGUUUCUGGUCAUGCUAGUGGUUCUCUUCAGCUGAUGUAUGCUGAACUGCAAGUCCCAUCUCCAUUGGUGCCCACCCGAGAGUCUCAUUUCUUGCGUUACUGCCACCAGAAUGCCGAGGGGGGAACUUGGGCAAUUGUGGACUUCCCCCUGGACAAUUUCAACAACAGUUACCCUACAAUUCCCUACUACAAGAGAAGGCCUUCUGGGUGUAUCAUCCAAGAUAUGCCCAAUGGAUAUUCAAGGGUUACGUGGGUGGAGCACGUGGAAAUUGAUUCAACCCCUCUCAAUCAAACAAUUAACCAUUUGGUCAGCAGCGGCAAUGUUUUUGGAGCAAAACGUUGGCUAUCUGUUUUGCAACGACAGUGUGAAAGAAUUGCUAGCCUAAUGGCCCGAAACAUCUCUGAUCUUGGAGUGAUACCAUCUCCAGAAGCAAGAAAAAAUGUGAUGUAUCUGUCGCAGAGGAUGAUAAGGACUUUUUGUAUGAAUAUAAGCAAUGCAUGUGGGCAAUCAUGGACAGCCCUUUCUGAUUCUGCUGAGGACACAGUUAGAAUUGCAACCAGGAAAGUCUCAGGACCUGGUGAACCCAAUGGCCUCAUUCUCACUGCUGUCUCAACCACUUGGUUGCCAUAUCCGCACUACCAAGUCUUUGAUCUCCUCAGGGAUGAACGACGCAGAUCUCAGCUUGAUGUGCUUUCCAAUGGGAAUGCAUUGCAAGAAGUGGCUCAUAUAGCCAAUGGCUCUCAUCCUGGAAAUUGCGUUUCUCUUCUUCGUAUUAAUGUGGCGAGCAACUCAUCCCAGAAGGUGGAGCUGAUGCUGCAAGAGAGCUGCACCGAUGAUUCUGGAAGUUUAAUUGUGUACACCACAGUCGAUGUUGAUUCAAUUCAGCUAGCAAUGAACGGUGAAGACCCUGAAUGCAUCCCUCUCCUGCCAGUGGGAUUCGUCAUUCACCCCCUUGAAAAUGGCAGCAGCAGCCAUGACGGCAGCAGCCUGGACAAUGAUCAGACUUCUGAAAAUGGAAACAAUUUGCCUGCUGAUCUCUCCGGUUGCUUGCUCACUGUGGGACUCCAAGUCCUAGCCAGCACCAUCCCAACUGCAAAGCUCAACCUUUCAAGUGUCACCGCCAUCAACCAACACAUCUGCAACACAGUCCAGCAAAUCAGUGCUGCAUUAGGCAACCAUGGAAGCAACAUUGGCACUACUAGUUCGAAUGACAAUGACAACAUCAUCAUCGCCUCGUUGGGCGAGCCAUCGGCACCUGCACCACCAGUCCAACCUGAUCAGGUCUCCACUCCCUAAUUACCCUAAACUGCCCUCAUCUCUUCCUCUAUAGUAUUUUAACAAAAUCAUUAUUUUUUGCGUAUAUAGCUAGGAAGAGAUGGGGCAGUUUAUAUGUAAUUAGGGAGGGUGUUAAGAGGGUAGUUUUGCCUGCAAUCAGGUGAUAAGAGACAGGAAAAAAAGAAAAGGGAUGGUGUAGGGAAGUCAAGAGCGCACCAAACAUUUAUCCUUGCUGGCUGGUGAAGCUAAGAUAAAUACAUAUCUCCGGUCCAGCGGUGUGGCUUCACCUGCCAGCAAGGGUAGUGGUUCGGGCAUUGACUUCUUCCCUUGUUUAAUAUGGAGUACAAAAUACAUGGAUGUUAUUAAGAAUUUAUGGUUGAAUGCUGGUUUUGUAAUGAUUUUGAUCUCUCGUUUUCUUAUCUGUUUGUCUUC